AUGUCCAAAGACCAGGCCAGAGUCCUAUGCGUUGGUGAUGUUCGUGGCGAGUUUGAGCAACUAGCUAGAAAAAUUGCUGUUAUCAAUAAAAAGAAUGGCCCAUUUGAUAUGCUGUUCUGUGUUGGCGAAUUUUUUGGUUCGAAUGCGGACGAGAACGAAAAAAUUUUGACUGGUAAAGUGGAAUUCGAGGUGCCAACCUAUGUUUUGGGUAAGGUCCGUGUACCUCCACUACUGCUCCAUUCUAUCCUGAGGAAUCAGUCGAAUUCUCCUCCAGCGUCACUUACCUUGGGAAACGUGGAAUUCUGA